AGCCUAAAAAAGAUAAGAAAUCACCGCCUAACACUAUAAAUAGUGUUCUACCAGAUAAUAAAACCCCACCAAAAUCCAAACAACAAAUAGAUAAAGAACAUUACCAAAAGAAUAAAGAACGCAAAAAACAACAACAAUGUGCCGAGGACAUUAAAGAAGGUUUUGGCAGUGUCGAAGCGGUUAUGAAAUUAGAACAAAAAGCAAGAAUAGAAAAUAACUAUUUAGAUACUGCCGAGCAAUUGGAAAAGCAAAGCCAAGAAUACUUAAAAGAUAUUGAACUUGCUAAAUAUCAUGAGGAAAGAGGCAAAAAAGGUUGUGAAUGCUAUUCGUGUGAGGAACAAAAGAAAGCAAGGGCAGAAGUAGAAGCAGAAAGGGAGAAAAUUAUUGCUGAUUACGAAGCAGAACAGGAAAAAAGCGGAGAUUAUGAGACUGAAACAAUAAGAGGAGAGUGCGGAAAUUGCAGUGAAUAUAAAAAAGUGGAUAGUGAUAGUGGAUUAU